AUGAGCGCCCGCAGCGCUGUCCGAGUCGAGGUCGAUGGGCCCGAGGUGAAGGCCAAGCCUGCGAAGCGGUCGCCCCUGAGCGCGCUCUCGGUGAGCGACGUGAGCAACCAGGCCAAGCGGCCGCGCCUCGAGGACGCGCCGGUGAGCCCUGCCGUGAGCGAGCCCGCCAUUGACGACGACGACGACGAGCGCCCCGACGAGGUCAAUGCAGCCUGGCUCGACAUGUGCUACGCGCUUUUGGCUCGGAAACGUGGCAUGAAAGGGCUGCCGGCGGCCAAGCUCCCGGUGCUUGCCAUCUCGACGGUCGCGAUCGAGCGGCCCGCCAUGGCAUUGUCAGCAGCCGACAUCGGGCCCGAGUCGCGGGAAGCAGACAUUGAAGUGCUUGCUGAGCAGCUGCACAAGGAGAGCCAUGCCUCGACGACGUGCUGCGGGUGCAAGACGGGCUGUCUCAAGCUGUAUUGCCGAUGCUUUCUCACAAAAGGCUUUUGUACACCGCAAUGCGGCUGUACGAGCUGUAUGAACACACGAACAUCGACCGAUCGCCUCAGCGCGAUUACAGCCCAUUUGAAAAACAACAUCCACGCCUUCCGAUCCUCGACGGCGCCGGCGACCAUGAGCCAUGGGAAGCUCGGGCCCGCGCCGUCGGCCUCGAUCCGCCACCAGUUUAUUCCGCUCGUUCCAAACGUCGGUGCGAACGCGAUCACGUGUCGCUGUAAAAAGUCCAAGUGCUCAAAAAAGUACUGCGACUGCUACCAAGCCGGCGUGCCGUGCGGCCCCAAGUGCCAAUGCCGCGACUGCUGCAACCAUACGCCGCAGGAAACCAAUGUCAAGCAAGUCCUCUACGCGCACGACACGAUCAAGGUGCUCGUGACGCGCAAGCCACGGCAAAACACCAUCACCAAGUCGGUGCGAGUACAACUCUAA